AUGCAACUCAGAUCACGUUCUUGGAUGCUAGUCCUCAUCUUUACUCUCAAUAUCCUAGCCUGUGAAGCUGGAUGGGUUAGCAAGUUUCAAUGCGGUUCGUCUGAGUUACGUGACCCACGGGAUACCCCAUUCCGCAUCGACAGCCUCCGUGGUAAAUUUGAGAGCCCGACAAUAUUCUCAUUGUCGAUACUGGCGAUCCACAACACAACAUAUUUCACAUGUAGCAAUCUCGACCUACCGUUGCUUGAGACUUCCUUUCGCUUCCAUGUGCUCGGUAUCCCAGUUGGGCAAAUGGAAAGCUUUCACAGCGAGUGCCCUCUGCCGAUCACUGAGACCCUGACACCUCAGGAAGGCACACUUUUCUCAAAUUACGAGAUCUUGUACUCUUUUGGAAAUGCCCGUCGGCUCCAAACUGCCGUUGCAGAGAUUAGGUUCAAGACACAAGAUGGUGCCCAGCUCGAUUGUGUGGCAGCUAAGAUCACCCCGCAGAUCGGCACAGCAGCCUCUGUGAUAUUCACGUAUCUCCCUGCUGUUGUGAUGGCCCUGGUUGGCGUCGCUUCAUGGAAGACACACGCAAAUGACGCACUGAGAUGGAUUUCGUUUAUUGAAAGCAGGGCCGCCUGGUCUAUUCUGGGCCCAAUGUGGGAAGUCAUUUCCGAUCUAGCUGUCUAUUUACAGUAUCUGCAGUUCAUCUUUCUGGCUGGCUCGCUUACUUUGAAGUACCCUGGAUUCUAUCAACCGAUAGUUAGCCAAGUGGCUUGGUCUUCGCUUCUAUAUUGGAUGGGCCCUAUCAACCAUGGUUUUACUUACCCUGGAGUGGAAGAUGGCAUGUAUGUCACUAAUGGGACUUACGGGCUUGAGUACAUGUCUCAAACGCUUGGCUUUCCUCAGAUGCCGGAUAUCACGAUUGAUUCAUUUAUCAACCUCUCAAUUCUUCUCUUCGCUGUCGUUAUCAUUUCUUUGAUCCUAUGUCUGAUAAUGUCACGACUUAAUGGGGGGUUCCACCUGACUUCAGUCACAUGGAACGCAGGUUGCAUUAUUAUCGGCAUGGCCCUGUCGUUCUCUAGUCUUCCUCUGCUAUCCUACUUGUCCUACGAGUUAAUUCUCAUUGGAUACCUGCCUAAUUAUCGCAUCAUUCUAGUCGGAUUGUCGAUCGCAGUUCUUGUUUAUUCGAAUUUUCUCAUCACUCGCCACGUUCAGCGUCAAAAGGAGCUAAACGAUAGCUCGUCUCCGGACUUUUCCCAGGGUGCCAGAUCAGCCGGAUCUUCAAUGAAGCCUCGACAGUAUCUGUCGCAGUAUCUGCCAGCCGCAAUACCACUAUUACAAGGAAUUGUGAUUGGUGGUUUGCAAGACUGGGGCUUGGUGCAAGUCCUCCUGCUGAUGGGGACUGAAAUCAUUCUUCUCCUGCAUAUGGGCAUAUCACUCCGUGGCAGGCUCUUUUUGUCUAUAUCUGCUUGGCAACCACGACAUCACUACAAAGACCCACCGAAUCGAUCAUCUGCCCUCAAUAACUCGCAUGAAGAAACCGCUGAAAAUCCAUACAGUAAUUCUCAUCCGCCAAAUUCAUUCCAGGAUUCGUUUGACGAGUUUAUGGAAGUGCCUAUCAGACCCAACGUUGACUACUCCAUGAGGGAGUCCGAUCUAUUCUAUGGGAAAUCAGGCAACGGCUUUGCCUCGCCAGUACCAAUCUCGCAAGUGCUGCCGGAAGAAAGCCAAGAAAGUCGAAGCACCCUGCGCGAGUGGGCAGUCAGGGCUGCAGAGAUAUUAAAACCACCUAAGAAGAAGAAAGAAAAGGGAUUUCAAGUCAUGAGACCGCCGCGACAGAAUUGA